UUUCUCAUCUUCCAAAAAAAACAAAACAAAACAAAAAACAAAAAAAAAAUGUCAGCCAUGGGUUUCUCUCUAGGAACUGCAAUUACUUAUUAUAUAGUUUUGGUAGUGUUUGCAUUGGUCGGAGAUGUUGCCGGCUGCUACAAGUCCAUCGUAGGUUUCGGAGAUUCGCUCUCCGACACCGGAAACCUUUUUCACAAUUCCAAAUCAUUAUCCAAUAGCUUCGUCAAGUCGUCGGUACUACCCUACGGCGAAACGUUCUUUCACCAUCCCACCGGCCGAUACUCCGACGGCCGCCUCAUCAUAGAUUUUAUCGCUGAGAGCAUGGGGCUUCCAUUGGUGCAACCUUAUUUCGGCGGCGAAAGUAAUGGUGAUCGGAGUUUUGCGGAAGGAGUGAAUUUUGCGGUGGCGGGGGCGACGGCGAUGGACAUCUCAUUCUUGACGGAGAGAGGAAUUAUUAAUAGCUGCACAAAUGUAUCACUGGGAAAUGAAUUGGAUUGGUUUAAGCAGAUUUGCCAGACGCCGUCAAGAUGCAAGGAGUAUUUAGAAAGCUCAAUAGUUCUAAUGGGGGAGAUUGGUGGCAACGAUUACAAUUAUGCAUUCAGUCAAGGCCAUUCCAAAGAAGAAGUUUUGUCUUUUGUUCCCAAAGUUGUUACAACCAUUGCUUCAGCUGUCAAUGAGCUAAUUAAAUAUGGAGUGCAAACACUAAUAGUUCCGGGCGACCUACCAAUUGGAUGUUCACCUUACCAUCUAUCAUACUUCAUAACUUCCAAUGCGAGUGAAUACGAUCCCCAAACUGGUUGCAUGACUUGGUUGAACGAUUUCGUAGAGUACCACAAUGAACUACUUCAAGAGGAGUUGGACCGUCUCAGAGAACUCCAUCCUCAUACCACAAUAAUUUAUGCAGAUUACUAUAAUGCUGCAAUGAAAUUGUAUACAUCUCCAAGCAAUUACGGAUUUAACAAUACUUUGGAAGCAUGCUGUGGAGGUGGGGGCCCAUACAAUUACGAUCCGGAUGUGAAUUGUGGGUCCCCGUUAUCAACGGUUUGUGAUAGCCCUUCAUCGUAUAUUAGCUGGGACGGGUCGCACCUGACAGAAGCCGCUUAUCGAUGGAUAUCUGAUGGGCUUCUAAACGGCCCAUAUACUAGCCCACAAAUCAAUGGCGAAUGUAUUCUCUCGCGCCCAAAAAUAAAAAUUUCGGACUCUUAGCGAUUGGGGCCUGUCAGCAGCCCAUUUUGCAUUUAUUAGGCUUUAAAUUGUGUGGCCCACAUAUAUAGCUUUGAUUGUUCUGCGGUUGAUGAGACUGAAAGAAUAUUAUUAAAUGUGAAAAUGUCACGAUAGUCAAUGGCUACAAGUGAAAUUUACUCUAUCAAAUAACAUACAUUUUUGGUACAUAAA